GUGGAUGUGGUACAAUUAAACGUUUCAAGGACCUCCACAGGAAACAGAUAAGAAAAAACUGAUCAUGAAGACAGCUCUUAUUUUCCUGCUUUACUCAUCAGCAUUUCUGUGCAUAAUGGGUUUGCCUGCUGUUUUUCCUGAUAUGGAAUAUUGCUCUGCCUAUGCUGAACACAGAACCUGCACUAAGAUCUAUAGUCCUGUCUGUGGAACAAACAGAAUAACCUACCCUAACAUGUGUCGUUUCUGUCUUGACAGCAUGAUGAAAAACUAUAGAUUCAAACUUGAUCAUGAAGGCAGGUGUCGGUGAUGGACCCAGUGCUUACUUGUAUUAAUCUUACACAAACUUGUUUUCCUCAGUAUAGAUAUUUACAGUUCAUUAAAGAAUAGGAUUUACACAUCAAAUGUAAUUUUUGUAUAUUUCACAUGAGUGUACUGUAAUAUACAUAAAUGUAUAUCUAAAGGACCUAAUGGAUCUAAAUACCAUAUAACAGAAGAUCACAACCAAAAUAAUGUAUAACAGAAACAAUUAAUUGGGUUAUAAGUGGAAACCUUGUCAUGACUUGAAGCUAAUAAAGUUUUUCCUAUAACAUAAAAAAAAA